AUGAUCAACAUUCAUUCAUUCCUUUCAUGUGGAUGGAAUUGGAUCGUUCAUGAGUUGUGCGUCAUCAUCCGAUAGGAAAAAGGACAUUGCACGUAACAGCUAUCCAAAUAGUAACAAAAAGAUAUGUUCCGAAGAAGAAUAUGUAGAUAUAUUAAACAAAGUCAUCGUCGAUAGCUACUUUCCUGACCUUCCAAAACUGAGACGAAAACUAGCGGCGUUGGAGGAGAGGGGACAACUACCCGAAGCAAGUGAAAAUGUUGACUUUUUAUCGAGUUCGUAUAAGAUAAAUUGGCUUAGUCGAGCACAAGAUUCGUUUUCGACACUCUGUACACCACAAAGUUUCGCAAGUCACGGAACGACGACUUUGCAAAGUGAAGGAGUUUCUACCAACUAUAGUCGACCGCUGGAAAGUUUUUUCCGCAACUAUACGAGUGAAGACAACUAUUCGUUCGAAUUAUUAGUGAAACAAGAAGAAGAACAGAAGAGAAAAAGGAAUUUAUUACUUUCGGAAGACUGUGUUCCGGAUAACACUUUGAGUUUACGUGAAAAGGCAAUAUUAAAAGAUUCGAAGCAACUAGUUGCUAUAGGACAGACAGGAGAAUUGACUGCUCUCGGGGAUACAAGGCCAAAGAGACUGCAUUUUUGGCCUUUUAGAGAAAGGAAUAGUCUCUUCUUUUGCCCAUCUGAAGCACCUCUAACUGAACAAGAACUCCAACUACGGAAGUUUGUGGAGGAACGAAAAGAAAUUAAGCGAGACAAUACCCGCUUUAAAAGUUUGCCCUUUUUAUUAGCUGAGUCUUUUCGAGUGAAAACUGGAGACACAGAGAGUCAAAGCUCCAGUGUCGAUCUCAAAGAAGAAGAAAUUCGUAUUUUGAAGAGAUUGGGACAACGUCAUCGACUCUUGUCGACAGCAGAUGAGAAUUGCAAAUAUGAAAGAAUAGACGAAGACUUUUUCAAUCACCAUUUGGAUACUGCAGAAGAGUUGAACGCUUUUGUGCCAACCUCACCUAUUUUAUCACCUCGAAAUAUUCCCAACUCGCCUUUCAUUACUUGGGGACAGAUAGCUGCAACUCCUCAGUUGGUAGAAGAUGAUGAUGAGGAAGGGAUACAAGAUGAGUUGCUGGCUGCAUCGCAUAAUAAGAAGCAACCUCAGUCUGACAAUAGCCAUUCCAAUUUUCAUAUUCCUAAUAUGGACAGUCGUGAACGAGCUGCUCUUCAUUUGGAAAAGAAAUUAACCGGAAAGAAGAGAAAGAUGCAAGACAAGAGGCAUAUUCAAACACCAGCUUCAGUAUCUACCAGUUUUUCAAGAAACGUUGCAUUGUCACCUGCAGCCAAAAGACUGGCAGAUUCUCUUAGGAUUCCCAGUAUGCAUUCAGUUAGAAGGACACCAUUUACUUCAUAUAGAAGAAAUGAAUGAUUCUGUUACAUGUUUGAAAUAAUUUGUUUAGAUCUACGUCAUUUUAUAUACCCUAGAUGUAAACUGAAUGAAUUGAUAGUUGUAACU